CAGGUCUGUCCAGUAGGAAGGAGAGAAAGAGGGAGGGAAGUGAACAGAGGAAGAGAGAGAGAGAAGGAGGGAGGGGUAGCAAAGAAGUGUGAAAGACAUAGAGGAGUAAAGACACUAACUUGUGACUUGACAAAAGAGGGCAGGUCCCAAAGACAGGACGAUGAAGGUUGGUGUGGGACUUUUCCCUUCUUUGCUCCUGUUCCUUUUGAUGGGAGAACUUUUCGCCCAGAGACCACGGCCAAAGAAGCCUACCAGACGUCCAGCUACCACAAGGAAGCCUUUUGUCCCCAAGCGUGUGGUACCAGUCGGGCCGGAACCCCAGGAGCCCACAGAUUUCCCCCCACCCAUCCUUGGCCCGCCGUCCAUCUAUCCUGACUGCCCCCGAGAGUGUUUAUGCCAUCCAAGCUACCCAAAUUCUCUCAACUGUGAGAACCGGAACCUCCGUGUGGUCCCAGUCAUCCCAUUCAGAACUCAUUACUUGUACCUACAGAACAACUACAUCUCCAAACUCACUGCAGAGGCAUUCAAUAAUGCUACAGAUGUCCGCUGGAUCAAUCUGGCAAACAACGUCAUUCACAGAAUAGACAAACAGGUUUUUGAGAAGAUCCCAGGUCUGCUAUAUUUCUAUGCCCAGAGAAACCAGCUGAAUGAAGUCCCAUUAGGCCUUCCAACAAGUCUGGAACAGCUUCGUCUGGACAGGAAUCGCAUUUCAAAGAUUCCUGCUGGUGCCUUCACCAAACUAGAGAACCUCACUCUGCUGGACCUGCACUACAACCAGCUGAGCGACAGUGACCUUGGUAAGAACACACUUAAGGACCUGAAGAACCUCAUGCAGCUUAACCUGGCUCACAACACUUUGAAGAAGAUGCCUAUUGGUGUGCCAAACAGCCUCAUUCAGCUGUUCUUGGACAAGAACCGCAUAGAUGACAUACCAAAAGACUACUUCAAAGACUUCACCCACCUGGCUUUUGUGAGGCUGAACUACAACCAGCUGAGUGAUAAAGGAGUUCCCAAGGCUGUGUUCAACAUGACCAGCCUGCUGGAGCUGCAGCUGGCUCACAACCAGCUAACAGUGGUUCCUCUCUUCAAUAAUCACCUGGAGCACUUGCAUCUCAACCACAACAACAUUGAGAGCAUCAAUGGCACUGAGAUCUGCCCAUUUAGCAUGACGGCCGACCUGAGUGAUGACAGGCUGGUGCCACGACUAAGGUACCUGCGUCUGGAUGGGAAUCAUUUGCAUCCCCCCAUCCCUAUGGAUGUCAUCAUGUGUUUCAGACACCUUCACUCUGUUGUCAUUUAGGAGAGGGUUUGCUAUCUCACACAAACCUGCCAACAUAUUACAACCAAAUGAAUGACAGCAGUGCACAAUGGGGUAUUGGAGAUAAAGCAUGCUCAGUGAAGCAAAACCUUUCCAACUUGAACAAGCUGCGGAGCUGCAUUACUGCAAGAGGAACUCUGCUCAGCUGCAAAGCUUUUUGAGUUUACUUUUUAAAUGACAGAAAGCGUCAUUGCUGCCAAAAUCCAAGCAAUGGACUGCAAACUGGCAAAAAGAGAUUAUAGGAACAUUUAGCUUAUGGUUUGCAUGGGAGGUUUAGUAUAUCUUUAAUAAAAACAGAAAAGAAAUGAAUGAGCAAAAUCUUUAUUGUAGACACACAGGUGAAUUUAAAAAAAGUUAGCUAUUCAUUUUUUUUAUUUCAGUGAAAGAAGUGAAGCUCAUGCUAAACAAAUCCAUCACACACAGUGAAAUGUUUCAAUCAUUUAUUUCUGUUAAGGUUGAUGGCUAUGAAAAUUAGAACCAUACAUAAAGCAAAUUAAAAAUGUCAAUGCAUUAAAGUACUCAAUGCAAAAAAUCUAUGUACAAAUCAUAAAGUAUGUCCAUAAGCCCCCAAUUCCUGGUUGGAAUUACAUCAGAAGUACAGCGUGGCAUGGAAGAGAUAACCCUGCAGCCCUGCUGAGGUGUUAAGAACUUUCAGGUUGCUUUAGUUGCUCCCUAGGCAAACUGGACCUCAAACAUCUUGGACUCUUUGCCCCUCCACUCUUCCUCCAGACAUGAUUUCCUUAUCAAAUGCCAAAUGUUUUGAUCUGAAAAGAGAACUGUGGAAAACACUGAGCAUCAGUCCAAUGUUUUGUCUGGUUCCAGAGUAUCUUAACGCAAGGAAUGAGAAAGAUGUAGCCAAUGUUCUGGAUAUGUGCGUGUGUGGAUGAAUCUGAACUUGAGUUUCACUUUUUUAACUGAAUUACUAAAAUAAAUCAACUAGUUGAUGAUAUUCAAAUUUAUUGAGAUGCCCCUGCAUUACAGACACCGAGGGCAAUUUUGUUUAGGGACUAACAAUUGUGGUGCAUAGACCUAAAAAGUGCCUAGAGUUUCCAUGGGGCUUUGUGUAAAAAUGUUUUUGUGUUUUUCCUAUUAAUAAACUGUUAUUCUUCUGUAUAAAGGCGCUUUGUACAAAUACUGAAAAAAUAAAAGGUCUUUGCUCAUA